AUGACCUGCGGGAAGAGAGCGAGAUGCUCUGAGGUCUCAUGGAGGCACUUAAGAGGUUCCAGCUGGCUUCUGGGCUGUUCUGUGCUGGGCUUGGCGGCUUGUGGGCCGCCCUGGUGGAGGAAGGGCCGGCCGCGGAAGGUGCGCAUCUGCGCGGAGGUGGAGCUGUUGUCGCGUCUGGCCGAGCUGCUGAUGCCGCAGACGCCCAUCGGCGAGCUGUUUCGGGACUUCCCUGCAGGGCCCUCGCGGGAGCCGCAGUGGCUCAGCCCCGGCAUUGCUGCGUUUGGUGUGCUGGAGGACGAGGGCGCAGCCUUGUUCGUCGAGUACGACAAGACAGACAGGAACUCCGAUGAACAAGCCGAAAACGAGGAACAGCUCAAGACGAAAGCUCUGCUCCAAUACGCACCCGCCGGCUCGCGUGUGCUGCGAAUAGGCCACAGGGCACAGGACUUCGGAGGGCAACAGAAGUCGGUGGAUGCGAUCGUGAACGUGUGGCGCGAGGGGCACAAGCCAUCAUUGAUGAAAGCUGUGAGCCAAAGUGUUUGGGUCCUGCUGAGCAGCUGCGACAUUGCGCUUCGAGAGGAUGUUCAUCAGAAUCUCCACAGAUUCGCAGUCACCGAACCGAAACCAUGCCUUCGCAAGGCAUGCGAGUUUUCUACGAAGGCAUUGCUUGCCAGCGAGGUCAAAACGAAGAAGGCCAACGUGAUGGCUUUUCUGGAAGAGCAUCUCGACUUUUCACAAAGCCGAAGCCAAGCUUUGGUAGACAAGUUUCCAAGACUCUCUGGCAUGACCGUGGAUGGCAAGUUGAAGCCAAUUGUGGCAUGGCUGGAGGAUGUUGGGCUGAGCCGGAAACAGGUGGCCAAAGUUGUUGCUGGAUUUCCUGCGUUUUUGGGCUACAGCCUCGAGGCCAAUCUGAAGCCCACAGUGGCCUGGCUUGGAGCUGUUGGUCUGAGCCGUGAGCGGGUGGCCAACGUCGUUGCUACUUAUCCGCAGGUUUUGGGCUGUAGCCUCGAGGACAACUUGAAGCCUACACUGACUUGGCUCGAGGAUGUUGGUCUGAGCAGAGCAGAGGUCGCCAAAGCCAUUUCGGGCUCUCCCAAGAUUCUGAGCUACAGUGUCAAGGGCAAUCUGAAGCCCACCGUGGCCUGGCUUCAAGAGAUUGGACUGAGCCCAUCACAGGUAGCCAAGGCUGUUGCUGGCCUUCCUUCAGUCUUGGGUCUCAGCGUCGAGGCGAAUCUGAAGCCCACGGUGGGUUGGCUCGAGGAUCUUGGGCUGAGCCGACAGGAGGUGGCGAAAGUUGUGGCCGCUUCUCCUCAGGUUUUGGGCCUAAGCAUCGAGGCCAAUCUGAAGCCCAUGGUUUCUUGGCUGGAGGAGGUCGGGCUAACAAGGCUGCAGGUGGCCAAAGUCCUUAGAGGUCAUCCUUCAGUCUUGCGGUAUGGCCUCGACUCCAAUCUGAAGCCCACAGUCGCCUGGCUCGAGGAUGUUGGGCUGAGCCGAGAGCAGGUGGCCAGAGUCGUUGCUAGCAGUCCUUCGGUGUUGGGCUACAGCAUCGAGGCCAGCUUGAAGCCCAAAGGGGCCUGGCUCGAGGAUCUUGGGCUGAGCCGCCAACAGGUGGCAAAAGUCGUUGCUGGAUUUCCCUCUGUCUUGUGCUACAGUAUCGGCGACAAUCUGAACCAAAAAAUUGCCUGGCUCGAGGAUGGUGGGCUGAGCAGAAAGCAGGUGGCCAAAGUCAUAGCUCGCUUUCCUGCAAUCUUAGGCUACAGUAUCGACGGCAACCUGUCGCAAAAACGGCAUCUUUUGCAGAAGUUUUUCUCCAAAGAAGAGAUGGCCUCCAUGAUUGAGCGCCAUCCACCCAUACUCGGCUACAGCUAUGCUCGCCUGUUUCAUCGCCUGGAGGUCCUGCAGGAGCACAAUUGUUUGUCGAAGCUUCCCAGCAUGAUGCCCCUGACGGACGCGAAGUUUGAGCGGCGGUUUUGUGCAGAGUGCUGUGGCGAAAAGCGCGGGGCGAUGUGUGUUGAACCGCUAAUUCCAGAAAUUACUCAUGUAGUUCGAGAGCAGACGUGUUGCUCUGUUCAGGCAGUACAGCAGGAAGCUGCGCAGCUUGAUCACUACGACUUCCCGUAUCCCGAGAAGGGCCGGCCGCGGAAGGUGCGCAUCUGCGCGGAGGUGGAGCUGUUGUCCCGUUUGGCUGAGCUGCUGAUGCCGCAGACGCCCAUCGGCGAGCUGUUUCGGGACUUCCCUGCAGGGCCCUCGCGGGAGCCGCAGUGGCUCAGCCCCGGCAUUGCUGCGUUUGGCGUGCUGGAGGACGAGGGCGCAGCGUUGUUCGUCGAGUACGACAGGACGGACAGGAACUCCGAUGAACAAGCUCAAAACGACGAAGAGCUCAAGACGAAAGCUCUGCUCCACUACGCACCAGCCGGCUCGCGUGUGCUGCGAAUAGGCCACAGGGCGCGGGACUUCGGAUGGCAACAGAAGUCACUGGACGCGGUCGUGAACGUGUGGCGUGAGGGCCAUGAGGCGUCACUGAUGAAAGCUGUGAGCCAAAGUGUUUGGGUCCUGCUGAGCAGCUGUGACAUUGCGCUUCGAGAGGAUGUUCAUCAGCGUCUCCACAGAUUCGCAGUCACCGAACCGAAACCAUGCCUUCGCAAGGCAUGCGAGUUUUCUACGAAGGUAUUGCUUGCCAGCGAGGUCAAAACGAAGAAGGCCAACGUGACGGCUUUUCUGAAAGAGCAUCUCGACUUUUCACAAAGCCGAAGCCAAGCUUUGGUGGGCAAGUUUCCAAGACUCUUGCGAAGUGUGGAAGGCAGGUUGAAGCCGAUUGUGGCAUGGCUGGAGGAUGUUGGGCUGAGCCGGAAGCAGGUGGCCAAAGUUGUUGCGGGAUUUCCUCCGGUUUUGAGCUACAGCCUCGAGGCCAAUCUGAAGCCCACAGUGGCCUGGCUUGGAGCUGUUGGUCUGAGCCGGAUGCAGGUGGCCAAAGCCAUCUGUGCCUCUCCUUCCGUCCUGGGUCGAAGCAUCGAAGCCAAGCUGAAGCCGACUGCAGCUUGGCUUGAGGACGUUGGGCUGAGCCGGAAGCAGGUGGUAAAAGCUGUCGCCGGUCAUCCUCAAAUCUUGGGCUACAGCGUUGAGGCCAAUCUGAAGCGCACUGUGGCCUGGCUUGAAGGUCUGGGGCUGAGCCGAAGGCAGGUGACCAAAGUCUUGGCUUUGGAGCCUAAAGUUUUGGGCUACAGCCUCGAGGCCAAUUUGAAGCCCACAGUAGCCUGGCUCGAAGAUGUGGGUCUGAGCCGACAGCAGGUGGUCAAAGCCAUCUCGGUCUCUCCUGGAAUCCUGGGCUGCAGCGUCGGGGGCAAUCUGGAGCCCACGGUGGCCUGGCUCGAGGAUCUUGGGCUGAGCCGACAACAGGUGGCCAAAGUCACUGCUGACAGUCCUUCGGUUUUGGGCCUCAGCAUCGAGGCAAACUUGAAGCCCAAAGUGGCAUGGCUGGGGGAUGUUGGGCUGAACCGAGAGCAGGUGGUCAAAGUUGUUGUGGGUUUUCCGCAACUCUUCGGCCUAAGCAUCGAGGCCAAACUGAAUCCUACGGUGGCCUUGUUCCAGGAUGUCGGGCUGAAUCCGGAGCAGGUGGCCAAAGUCAUCGUCCGCUUACCUAAAGUGUUCAGUUACAGCAUUGAUACCAAGUUGAAGCCCGUUGUGAUGUGGUUAGAGGAGGUCGGAUUGACACAGCUGCAGGUGGCAAGGGUCAUUGCAGCCUUUCCGCAAGUGCUCAGCCUCAGCAUCGAGAAGAACCUGUCUCCCAAGCAUCUCUACUUGCUGGAGCACCUCUCCGGUGACGAAGUCCGAGACAUGAUCCUACGUCUGCCUGCGCUACUGGGCUUCAGUUUCUCUCGGCUGCGCCAUCGCCUACAUGUGCUGCAGAACCACGAUGCUGUGUCAAAUCUAGCUUUCGCCAUGACCUUGACGGUCUCCGUGCUGCCCGGGGUACGGAGCCGACGAAGAGGCAUCCAAGUUUCUGACAGUCUGGGACAUCAGGAAGUCGAAAAUAGGAAACAUGUGACCAGAGUCGUUGCUGGUUUUUCCGCGGUUUUGAAGUGUGAGAACAAAUCGUCGAUUGCCAUUUGCCACGGUUGUCCAUUGAAGCUCGCUCGGGAUAUGGCCUUGACGGAGCUGGCGAGUUUCACGGCUGCCCUGGAAAGGAAGGGCCGGCCGCGGAAGGUGCGCAUCUGCGCGGAGGUGGAGCUGUUGUCCCGUUUGGCUGAGCUGCUGAUGCCGCAGACGCCCAUCGGCGAGCUGUUUCGGGACUUCCCUGCAGGGCCCUCGCGGGAGCCGCAGUGGCUCAGCCCAGGCAUGGCUGCGUUUGGCGUGCUGGAGGACGAGGGCGCAGCCUUGUUCGUCGAGUACGACAGGACAGACAGGAACUCCGAUGAACAAGCUCAAAACGACGAAGAGCUCAAGACGAAAGCUCUGCUCCACUACGCACCAGCCGGCUCGCGUGUGCUGCGAAUAGGCCAUACGGCGCGGGACUUUGGAAGGCAACAGAAGUCGGUGGACGCGGUCGUGAACGUGUGGCGUGAGGGCCAUGAGGCGUCACUGCUGAAAGCUGUGAGCCAAAGUGUUUGGGUCCUGCUGAGCAGCUGUGACAUUGCGCUUCGAGAGGAUGUUUAUCUGCGUCUCCACCGCUUCGUCGUCACAGAUCCGAAACCAGGAUUCCACAAAGCAUGCACGUUUGCAAGGAAGGUGGUGUUUACAGGCGAAGCCGAAACGAAGAGAGCCAACGUGAUGGCUUUUCUGGAAGAGGAUCUAGGCUUCUCACAAACCCGUAUCCAGGCUUUGGUGGGCAAGUUUCCAAGAAUCUUAGGAAUCAGUGUGAAUGACAGGUUGAAGCCGAUGGUGGCAUGGCUUGAGGGUGUUGGGCUGAGCCGGAAGCAGGUGGCCAAAGUUGUUGCCGCUCAUCCUCAAGUCUUGAAUCUUAGCAUCGAGGCGAGUCUGAAGCCAAAAGUGGCCUGGCUUCAAGGGCUUGGACUGACCCGGAAGCAGAUGGCCAGAGUUAUUUCUUUCAGUCCUCAAAUUUUUGGGUACAGCCUCCAAGCGAGACUGGAAGCAACAGUGGCCUGGCUUCAGGAUCUUGGCCUCAGCCAACAGCAGGUGGCCAAAGCCAUCUCUGUCUCUCCUGCAAUCUUGUGCUGCAGCGUCGAGAGCAAUCUGAAGCCGACGGUGGUCUGGCUUGAGGGCGUGGGGCUGAGCCCAGCGCAGGUGGCCAAAGUUAUAGCCGUGAAGCCGCAAACCCUUGGAUUCAGCCUUGAAGCCAAACUGAAACCUACGGUGGCAUGGCUGGAGGAUCUGGGGCUGACCAGCAGGCAGGUGGCCAAAGCCAUCUCUGUCUCUCCUGCAAUCUUGGGCUGCAGCGUCGAGGGCAAUCUGGAGCCCACGGUGGCUUGGCUCGAGGAGGUUGGGCUGAGCCGGCAGCAGGUGGCAAAAGUAGUGGCAGGUUCUCCUCCGGUUCUUGGUCUAAGCAUCGAGUCCAAUUUGAAGCCCAAAGUGGCGUGGCUGGAAGAAGUUGGGCUGAACCGACAGCAGAUUGCCAAAGUCGUUGCCGGCUUUCCGCCAGUCCUGGCAUGCAGCACUGAGGCCAAACUGAAGCCUAUCAUGGUCUGGCUCGGAGACGUUGGGCUGAUUCCGGAGCAGGUGGCCAAAGUCAUCGUCCGCUUACCUAAAGUGUUCAGUUACAGCAUUGAUACCAAGUUGAAGCCCGCUGUUAUGUGGUUAGAGGAGGUCGGAUUGACACAGCUGCAGGUGGCAAGGGUCAUUGCAGCCUUUCCGCAAGUGCUCAGCCUCAGCAUCCAGAAGAAUCUGUCUCCGAAGCACCUUUUCUUGCUGGAGCACCUCUCCGGUGACGAAGUCCGAGACAUGAUCCUACGUCUGCCUGCGCUACUGGGCUUCAGUUUCUCUCGGCUGCGCCAUCGCCUACAUGUGCUGCAGAACCACGAUGCUGUGUCAAAUCUAGCUUUCGCCAUGACCUUGACGGAUGCUAACUUUGCCAAGAAAUAUCCGUGUUGUCUCCGUGCUGCCCGGGUUACGGAGCCGACGAAGAAGCCGUCCUCCAGGCCACUUCCGGCGCAAGAAUGCCGACGUGUUGACUCUUACAUCGUUCUGCGGCUCUCAACCGCGACUUUCGAGGCAUUCAAGUUUCUGACAGUCUGGAACAUCAGGAAGUGGAACAUAGGUUUCAUGCAGACGCCUGAGGGGUUCCAGCUGGCUUCUGAGCUGUUUCCUGCUCGGCUUGGCGGCGUGCGGGCCGCCCUGGUGGAGACGCCCAUCGGCGAGCUGUUUCGGGACUUCCCUGCAGGGCCCUCGCGGGAGCCGCAGUGGCUCAGCCCCGGCAUUGCUGCGUUUGGCGUGCUGGAGGACGAGGGCGCAGCCUUGUUCGUCGAGUACGACGGAAGCGAUGGGCACACGGAUGCACAGGAUGGCAAGAACGAUGAGCUUAAGACGCAAACUCUGCUCCGAUACGCGCCGAAGGGCUCACGCAUGCUGCGAAUAUGCCAUGUAGCCCGGGACUCUGGAAGGAUGGAGAACGUGGUGGAUGCGACCGUGAAUGUGUGGCGUGAAGGGCAUGAGCCGUCGCUAAUGAAAGCUGUGAGCCAGACCGUUUGGGUCCUGUUGAGCAGUUGUGACAUUGCACUUCGAGAGGAUGUUCGUCGUCAUCUCGAUGCCUUUGCAAUCAACGAACCGAAACCCAGGUUCAAAAAGGCGUGUACGUUUACAAGAAAGGCGGUGCUCAUUAAGGACAUCGAAUCGAAGAAGUCCAAGGUGCUGGCCUUUUUGACAAGGGAUUUGGAUUUCUCCAGCACCCAGGUCAAAGCAUUGGCGAGGCGGUUUCCAAGAAUAUGGUGCAUCAGUGUUGGCGACAGGUUGAAACCUGUUGUGGCAUGGCUUGACUACAUCGGGCUGAGUCGACAGCAGGUGGCCGAAAUCGUGGCUAAACAUCCUCAGGUCUUGGGCUGUCGAAUCGAUGCCAAUCUGAAGCCCACAGUUGCCUGGCUUGAAAGUGUGGGGCUAGCACGCCAGCAGGUUGCCAAAGUCAUUUCGGCGAAGCCUCAAGUGCUUGGGUGCAGCCUCGAAGACAACUUGAAGCCCACAGUAGCCUGGCUCGAGGAUCUUGGGCUGAGCCGCAAGCAGGUGGCCAAAGUCGUCACUGGCUUUCCUGCAGUCUUGGGCUUAAGCAUCGAGCGCAAUCUGAAGCCUACCAUGGCCUGGCUUGAAGAUGUUGGGCUGAGCCGGACACAGGUGGCCAAAGUCGUUGCUGGCUUUCCUCAAGUGUUGGGCUACAGCAUCGACGGCAAUCUAAAGCCCACGGUGGCCUGGCUUGAAGACACUGGGCUGAACCGAAAGCAGGUGGCCAAAGUCGUUGCUGGUUAUCCGCGCAUACUGGGAUUGAGUAUCACGGCCAAUUUGAAACCCAAAGUGGCCUGGCUUGGGGAUGUUGGGCUGAGUCGAUCACAGGUGGCAAAGGUUAUCGCGCGCUUGCCUCAAAUGUUUGGGUACAGCAUUGAUGCAAAAUUGAAGCCGUCCGUGUUGUGGCUAGGGGAGAUCGGAUUGACACAGCUCCAGGUGGCAGGAGUCAUUGCAGCCUUCCCGCAACUGCUCAGCCUCAGCAUCCAAAAGAAUCUGUCUCCCAAGCAUCUUCUCUUGCUGGAGCACUUCUCCAGUGACGAAGUCCGAGACAUGAUCCUACGUCUCCCUGCGCUACUGGGCUUCAGUUUCUCUCGGCUGCGUCACCGCCUACAUGUGCUGCAGAAGCACAGCGCUCUGUCAAGGCUGCCUCCCGCCAUGACAUGGACCGCCAUGGAGGUGUCUGGGAGCCACCCUUUCAAUCCUCCUUGCCGGCCGUGGUGUUGGAGAAAGGGCCGAUCCAUUGUGGUCCGCCUCGGUGCCUGCUGGCUCCUCCUCUGUUUCGUGCUGGGCCUGGCAGCUUGCGGGCCGCCCUGGUGGAGGAAGGGCCGGCCGCGGAAAAUGCACGGCAGCUAUGCCGAGGUGGAGCUGUUGUCCCGUCUGGCAGAGCUGUUGAUGCCACGGCAACCCAUCAGCCGGCUGUUUCGGGACUUUCCUGUGGGGCCACACUGGCUCAGCCCUGGCAUUGCUGUGUUUGGCGUGCUGGAGGAGGAGGGCGCAGCUCUUUUCGUCGAGUACGAUGGAACUGGCAAUUGGGAGGAGCUCAAAGCGCAAGCUCUGCUCAAAUACGCGCCCAAGGGCUCAUGCCUGCUGCGGAUAGGCCACAAAGAGCGUGAGUUGACGAGGAUCGAGAAUUCGGUGGAUGUGAUCGUGAAUGUGUGGCGCCAGGGGCAUGAGCCGUCACUGAUGAAAGCUGUGAGCCAAACCGUCUGGGCCAUGCUGAGUAGUCGCGACAUCGUGCUUCGGGAAGAUGUUCGCCUGCGUCUGGCUGAAUUUGCGGUCACAGAGCCGAAACCAAGAUUCAACAAGGCACGCAACUUUGCUAGCAAGCCAGUGCUCAUCAGCGACGCCAAGACAAAGAAGGCCGAUGUGCUUGGCGUUUUGGAAGGGGAUCUGGGUUUCUCAAAUUCCCGACUCAAGGCUUUAGCAGACAAGUUUCCACGAAUAUGGGGUAUCAGCGUCGAGGGCAAGUUGAAGCCGAUGGUGGCAUGGCUUCGGGAACUCGGACUGACCCGAAAGCAGAUGGCCAAAGCCAUUUGUCUGUCUCCCUCAAUCUUGGACAGCAGCAUUGAUGCGAAACUUAAACCCACAGUGGCUUGGCUUGAAGAUGUUGGGCUGUGUAGAAAGCAGGUGGCCAAGGUCAUUGUUGGUCACCCUUCAGUCUUGGGCCUAAGCAUCGACGACAAUCUGAGCCCCACUGUGGCCUGGCUUCAAGAUUUUGGAUUGUGCCGACAGCAAGUGGCAGGAGCUGUUGCGGGCUAUCCUCAAGUGUUGGACCUCAGCAUCGAGGGCAAUCUGAAGCCCACAGUGGCCUGGCUCGAGGAUCUUGGGCUGAGCCGCAAGCAGGUGGACAAAGUUGUUGCGGGUUUUCCGCGAAUGUUGGGCCUAAGCAUCGAGGCCAAUCUGAAGCCUACCCUGGCUUGGCUUGAGGAUGUUGGGCUGAGCCGACGGCAAGUUGCAAAAGUUGUUGCCGCUUUUCCGCAAGUUUUGGGCUAUAGCAUUGAAGGCAAUCUCAAGCCGACGGUUUCAUGGCUUCGGGCUAUCGGCCUUAGCCGAAAGCAGGUGGCCAAGGCCAUCUUUGCAUCUCCCACAACUUUGGGCUACAGCAUUGAAUCAAACAUGAAGCCCACCGUGGCUUGGCUUGAACAUCUUGGACUGAGCGGGCCGCAAGUUGCCAACGUGGUCCUUACCUUCCCCUCGGCAUUGGGCAAAAGCAUCGAGGCCAAACUGAAACCCACGGUGGCCUGGCUUGAAGAUGUGGGGCUGAGUAGAACGCAGGUCGCAAGAGUCGUGUCCGGGCACCCUCCGGUGCUGGGCUACAGCAUCGAGGCCAAUCUCAAGCCAACAACGGCUUGGCUCGAGGAUGUUGGGCUAAAUCGGCAGCAAGUGGCCAACGUCGUCAUUGGUUUUCCUUCGGUGUUCAGCUACAGUCUCGAGGCCAAUCUGAAGCCCAAAGUUGCCUGGCUCGAGGAUCUUGGGCUGAGCCGCAAGCAGGUGGCCAAAGUCGUCACUGGCUUUCCUGCAGUCUUGGGCUUAAGCAUCGAGCGCAAUCUGAAGCCUACCAUGGCCUGGCUUGAGGAUGUUGGGCUGAGCCGAGAGCAGGUGGUCAAAGUCGUCCGAGGUUUUCCUAUGGUCCUGGGUUACAGUGUAGAGGCCAAGUUGAAGGCCACGGUGGCCUGGCUCGAGAGUGUUGGUCUGAGCCGGCUGCCAGUGGCCAAAGUCGUCGCUCAGUUUCCACAGGUCCUCGGGUUGAGCAUCGAGUCUAACCUGAAGCCCACAGUGGCCUGGCUCGAGGAUGUUGGGCUUAGCCGACGGCAGGUGGCCAAGGCAAUUUCUGUCUCCCCUUCAAUCUUGGGCUGCAGCAUCGAGGGCAAGCUAAAGCCCACAACAGCUUGGCUUGAAGAUGUCGGGCUUAGCCGAGAGCAGAUAGGCAAAGUACUUGCUGCAAGACCUCAUACACUGGGCUACAGCAUCGAGGGCAAUCUGAAAGGCAAAGAGGCCUGGCUUCGGGCCACUGGGCUGAACGACAAGCAGGUGGUCAGAGUCAUUGCUGGCUUUCCGGCAGUUUUUGGCUACGGCAUCGAGAGUAACCUGUCGCCAAAGCGCUCUCUCUUGCAAAAGCUUUUUUCACGCAGAGACGUCGCAUCCAUAAUUGAGCGUCAGCCGCAAAUUCUGGGUUACAGCUAUGCUCGCCUGUCUCAUCGCCUGAAGAUCCUGCAGGAGCACGACUGCUUAUCCAAGCUUGCCAGCGUAAUAUCCCUGACCGAUGCGAAGUUCGACCAGCGAUUUCCGCCAUUCAAAACUCACUGCAGCGGCACUAGGAUCCAACUCGGGGGCGCGGCGCGACAGCUCGAAGGAAGAAUCCAUGUCAAGCUUCUCCCGCCGCUUUUCGACUGCGCAGCUAUGCAGAAGGGCCGUCCGAGGAAAGCGCACCGCAGCCAUGCAGAGGUGGAGCUAUUGUCCUGUCUGGCGGAGCUGCUGAUGCCGCAAACGCCAAUCUGCGAGCUGUUUCGGGACUUCCCUAUAGGAUCCACGCGGGAGCCGCGCUGGCUGAGCGCAGGCAUUGCUGCCUAUGGCGUGCUAGAAGACCAUGGUGCGGCUUUGUUCGUCGAGUACGAUGGAGCCGACAGGCGCCCGGAUGUGCAGCCUGGCAGUUGGGAUGAGGUCAAAACGGAAAGCCUGCUUCAGUACGCGCCCGAGGGAUCGCGCCUGCUGCGAAUAGGCCACAAAGAGCGUGACUUGACGAGGAUCGAGAAUUCGGUGGAUGCGAUCGUGAAUGUGUGGCGCCAGGGGCAUGGGCCGUCGCUGACGAAAGCUGUGGGCCAAGUUGUGUGGGUCCUGCUGAGCAGCCGCGACAUUGCGCUUCGAGAGCAUGUUCGUCGGCGUCUGGAUGCAUUUGAGGUCACCGAGCCGAAACCAAGAUUCGAAAACGCGCGCGAGUUUGCAAGUAAGGCAGUGCUCAUCAGAGACGUCGAGGCGCAGAAGGCCAAUGUGCUUGCUUUUUUGCAAGCUGAUCUGGCUUUGUCCCGCACCCAAAUCAAGGCAUUGACCAGCAAGUUUCCAACAAUCAGGGCCAUCAGCGUCGACGGCAAGUUGAAGCCGAUGGUGGCAUGGCUUGGGGAACUCGGUCUGAGCCGAGAGCAGGUGUCGAAAGUCAUUACCGCGAAACGUGGAUUCCUUCGGUGCAGACUGGAAACCAAGCUGAAGCCCACAGUGGCUUGGCUGCAAGAUAUUGGGCUGUGCCGACAGCAAGUGGCGAAAGUUCUCUCUGGCUUUCCUGCAAUUUUGGGGUACAGCCUCCAGGCCAAGCUCGAGCCUACAGUGGCCUGGCUGGAGGAUAUUGGGCUGAACCGCAAGCAGGUGGCUAAAGUCAUUGCAGGUCAUCCUCAAGUGCUGGGCUGCAGCAUCGACGGGAAGCUGAAGCCCACGUUGACAUGGUUGGAUGACAUUGGCCUGAACCAACAGCAAGUGGCCAAAGUCGUUGCUGAACAUCCUUCGGUUUUGUGGUACAGCGUCGAGGCUAAUCUGAAGCCCACUGUGGCUUGGCUCAAGAAUGUUGGGCUCAGCCGAGAGCAGGUGGUCAAAGUCGUCGCACGUUUUCCUUAUGUGUUCGGCUACCACCUCGAGGUGAACUUGAAGCCCACUGUGGCCUGUCUCGAGGAUCUUGGGCUGAGCCGAAAGCAGAUAGCUCAAGUCAUUGGUGCCUUUCCUUCGCUUUUGGGCUUCAGUAUCGACGGCAAUCUGAAGCCGACACUGUCUUGGCUUGAGGAUGUUGGGCUUACCCGACAGCAGGUGGCCCAGGCCAUCUCCGUCUGUCCCUCAAUCCUGGGCUGCAGCAUCGAGGGAAAUCUGAAACCCGCAGUGGAGUGGCUUGAAGAUGCUGGACUCUGCAGAAAGCAAGUGUGCAAGGCCGUUGCUGGCUUUCCUGGGUUGUUGGGCUUAAGCAUCAAGAGCAACUUGAAGCCGAAAGUGGCCUGGUUCGAGACGCACGGACUUAGCCGGCCGCAACUGGCCAAAGCUGUUGCUAAAUAUCCACGGAUGCUAGGCUUGAGCAUCGCAACUAAGCUGAAACCCACGGUGGCUUGGCUUCGGGACGUUGGGCUGAGUCGACAGCAGGUGGCCAAGGUCAUUGGCCGCUUGCCUCAAGUGCUAGGAUACAGCAUUGAUGCCAAGUUGAAGCCAGCUGUAUCGUGGCUGGAGAAGAUGGGGCUGACCCGGUCGCAGGUGGCAGAGGUCAUUGUAGCUUUCCCGCAAGUGCUCAGCCUCAGCAUCGAGAAGAAUCUGUCUCCCAAGCAUCUUUUCUUGCUGGAGCACUUCUCUCGUGACGAAGUUCGAGACAUGAUCAGACGUCUCCCUGCACUUCUGGGCUAUAGUUUCUCUCGGCUUCGUCAUCGCCUCCGUUUGCUGCAGAAGCACGAUGCGGUGUCCAGACUGCCUGCCGUUAUGGCCUUGACGGACGCUCGCUUUGCGGAACAGUAUGCCACCAUGAAGCCCACAAUGGUCUUGCUUGAGGAAGCAGAUGGUCCUUUAAAGCCACGUGUGGAGAUUCUGGAGUAUCGCUGUGCCGCCCUUCCUGAGUC